GGGCACGGCUGCCGCCGCCCGCGGGCGCGAGUGUGCGCGGGUGUGAAGGCCGGCGUGCGGGCCGUGAGGGGUGUGCGCGCGUGAGCCGGAGCGGGGCUCGCCCCUCGCCGGCGCCCGCCGCCCAGCCAGUGAUUGCUCUCCGGCUGUCCCCGGGCACCCUCGGCCCCCCACGGCCGUUGGUCCGGGCGGGGGAGGGAGAAAGUGAGACUCGGUGUCAUCACCAUCCAUUGUCAGAAGGAGAGGAAAUUGGAAUCCAGCAGCGGCGAGCAGCAGCUGGGCGGUCACAUCUGGGAAUGCAAAGCCGACCUCCCCCUCCUCCUCCUCCUCCUCCUCCUCCUCCACCUCCUCCUCUUCUCUCACCCAGGAUCACUUCCGAAACCACUUCGCCCUCAGCCCCUGCCUCGGCCAGAGGGAUUUAUUUAAUGGGGAUGUGUUCAAGGCAAGAGCGAAUUCAGAAGGAUAUCGACGUCGUGAUCCAGAAGUCCAGAGCUGAGAAGGACUGCCUGUUUGCAGAUUUCAGAUACUCAGACUCCACCUUUACUUUUACCUACGUUGGCGGCCCCAGAAGUGUAUCCUACUCAGUACAUGUAUCUGAAGAUUACCCAGAUAAUACAUAUGUGUCAAGUUCAGAGAAUGAUGAAGAUGUGCUAGUUACUACAGAGCCGAUACCAGUAAUUUUUCAUAGAAUAGCAACAGAAUUAAGAAAAACAAAUGACAUUAACUGUUGCUUAUCCAUAAAAUCCAAAUUACAAAAGGAAAAUGGGGAGGAGUCAAGACAGAAUAGUACAGUGGAGGAAGAUUCUGAAGGUGACAAUGAUUCCGAAGAAUUUUAUUAUGGAGGGCAGGUGAACUAUGAUGGGGAACUGCACAAGCACCCACAACUGGAAGCUGAUUUGUCUGCAGUUAGAGAGAUAUAUGGGCCACAUGCAGUUUCUCUCAGGGAAUAUGGAGCCAUUGAUGAUGUAGAUAUUGAUCUGCAUAUCGAUGUUAGCUUUCUUGAUGAGGAGAUUGCUGUGGCUUGGGAAGUAAUUCGAACAGAACCUAUAAUUGUUCGACUACACUGUUCACUUACACAGUAUUUAAAUGGCCCAGUGCCCACUGUUGAUGUCUUUCAGAUUUCCACAAAAGAGCGAUUUGGAUUGGGACAUCAGCUGAAAAAAAUCAUGCAGACAUUUGUUACACAGCAGUGGAAACAGAGCAAAGAAAAAUCCAAUUGCCUGCACAAUAAAAAGUUAUCAGAGAAGAAAGUGAAGUCUCCCCUGCAUUUAUUUUCUACUUUGCGCAGGUCGCCAAGUUAUCCUCCCCCUGGUUGUGGCAAAAGCAAAUCCAAACUGAAAUCUGAGCAGGACGGAAUCUCCAAAACUCAUAAGCUGCUGCGGAGGACUUGUUCCAGCACAGUCAAGACUGAUGAUGUGUGUGUCACAAAGUCACACAGGACCUUUGGCCGCUCCUUGUCCAGCGAUCCCAGGGCUGAGCAGGCUAUGACAGCAAUUAAAUCACAUAAACUUUUGAACCGUCCUUGCCCUGCAGCUGUUAAGUCAGAGGAAUGCCUCACUCUAAAGUCGCAUAAACUAUUGACUCGAUCUUGUUCUGGAGAUCCGCGAUGUGAGCACAACACAAACUUGAAGCCCCACAAACUGUUAAGCAGGUCUUACUCUAGUAAUCUCAGAAUGGAAGAAUUGUAUGGACUGAAAAAUCACAAAUUGCUCAGCAAGUCCUACUCCAGUGCCCCCAAGUCAUCCAAAACUGAGCUUUUCAAGGAACCUAACGCAGAGGGCAGGAGGCUCUCUCUUACCUCAGGGCUUAUUGGUAUCCUAACACCAUCUUCAUCUUCAUCUUCUCAACUUGCUCCAAAUGGUGCAAAAUGCAUUCCAAUACGAGACCGUGGCUUCCUGGUGCAGACAAUUGAGUUUGCUGAACAGCGGAUCCCUGUAUUAAAUGAAUACUGUGUGGUUUGUGAUGAGCCACAUGUGUUUCAAAAUGGCCCUAUGCUUAGGCCUACUGUGUGUGAACGAGAGCUGUGUGUGUUUGCUUUUCAAACCCUGGGAGUAAUGAAUGAAGCUGCUGAUGAAAUAGCAACUGGAGCUCAGGUGGUAGAUCUACUAGUAUCCAUGUGUAGGUCUGCGUUGGAAUCUCCUAGAAAAGUUGUGAUUUUCGAGCCAUAUCCUUCUGUGGUAGAUCCUAAUGAUCCUCAGAUGUUGGCCUUCAACCCCAGGAAAAAGAAUUAUGAUCGAGUAAUGAAAGCACUGGAUAGCAUAACUUCUAUCAGAGAAAUGACACAAGCACCAUAUCUGGAAAUCAAGAAGCAGAUGGAUAAACAGGACCCCCUUGCUCAUCCCUUACUGCAAUGGGUUAUAUCAAGUAAUAGAUCACAUAUUGUGAAACUUCCAGUUAACAGGCAAUUGAAGUUUAUGCAUACUCCACAUCAGUUCCUUCUUCUCAGCAGUCCACCAGCCAAAGAAUCCAAUUUUAGAGCUGCUAAAAAACUCUUUGGAAGCACCUUUGCAUUUCAUGGCUCACACAUUGAAAACUGGCACUCCAUCCUGAGGAAUGGUCUGGUUGUUGCUUCUAAUACACGAUUGCAGCUCCAUGGUGCAAUGUAUGGAAGUGGAAUCUAUCUUAGUCCAAUGUCAAGCAUAUCAUUUGGUUACUCAGGGAUGAACAAGAAACAGAAGGUGUCAGCCAAGGACGAGCCAGCUUCAAGCAGUAAAAGCAGCAAUGCAUCACAGUCACAGAAAAAAGGACAGCAAUCCCAAUUCCUGCAAAGCCGUAACUUAAAAUGCAUAGCCUUAUGUGAAGUGAUCACCUCACCUGACCUGCACAAACAUGGAGAGAUAUGGGUUGUCCCCAAUACUGACCAUGUCUGCACACGAUUCUUUUUCGUCUAUGAAGACGGCCAAGUGGGAGAUGCAAAUAUUAAUACACAAGAAGGAGGCAUUCACAAAGAGAUCCUCCGAGUAAUUGGUAAUCAAACUGCUACUGGUUAAAGGACCACCAUUUAAUUAACAUGAUUCAAAAGCCUUCCUCGGGUUCAAAGCUGGAUUUUGAACUGAAGAAGAUUAUAAAAUUAUUUAUUGUUAUUAUAAACAAAAUUAACCCUUUGAAUACUGAUUUUUUUCUUAGUAUUUCUAAGUAUCUCAUUAAAUACCUAAAAUGGUAUAAGAUUUAUCAAUUGUAGGGUUAUGGAAUCUAGUAAUAAAAUUUUAACAGCACUUAAACUGAAGUUUGGGUUGCUCACACAAUAAACAGAUUGAAAAAACUGUUUUGUGCUGAUAUUUUUAUACUAAACUCUUUAACUGGAUAUUUGGUAUUAUAUACCGACAUUUUAGGUUACCAAAAUAGAAUUGAGAACAUUUUACAAUGGCAUCUAAAUCUAUCAGAUACUUUGCAAUAAGUAUACUGUUUGCACAUUCUGAUGUGUUAUAUCAUUAGUAGUAUGGGCAUUCUAAUGUUUUGGAAGGGAUGUUCCCUAUUCUAUUUUUCCUCAUAAAAAAACAAGUAUGUCUUAGAAGCAGUGCUUUGCCAAAAAGUAUGUAAUAUACACAUCUAUAGAUUCAUGCAUCAAAAUGUGUGGUUGUGAAUAUAUUUGUGUAUAUUCACACGUAUGUUUUGACAAGAAAGAUGGCUUAGCUUCACAAUUCUAUCCUCAUUUAAUGGAAAGAAGAUAAUAUUUAGUAAGCAAGAAAUUUGGACAUAAAUCAAGAUAGGAGCCAGAUUUACUACCAUUCAUUCACUGAAAAUAUUUGCAGACAAUUUUUCUGUUUGUCUGAAGAAAUUCAGCUCUUUUAAAAUGUUAUCUAAAAGUCAUAAUUUGGGGAACAUACAUGGCCUGGUAGACUGAAUCUAUAGUCAAAUGAUUAUGUAUUUAAAAGAAAGACCUCAGAAUUUAAAGAAACCGUAUAUUUUUUUAUUUACUACAAGAAAACAUUAUACAAUUUUAUUUAUGCCACACCAGCAUUUUUAUAUUUGUUCAUCUAAUACCUCUGCUUAUUUUUUUCAUAUUGAGAAAGAACACAAACUUUGACGCUUCUUUUAUAUUAAAAGACCACAAAUAAGUUUAUAGAGAACAGUAACACCAGCUCUCAGCAUUUCCUUUUCAAGAGUCAUAAUUUCAUCAAAAUCAUUUCUUAUUCUUUGAGUCCUAGAGUUCUUAUUCAUCAAGUUUUAAUUGACAGUGUUUAUUUUCCCACAUGUUGUCUUUGGAAUAAGGCCAUUCAUGAAAGCAGUUUAAUUAGUGAGUCUGCCACUCUAUUCAAACCCUGAAUCAAGGCUCUAUCUGAUUUUAAUUUAUGUAAAAAAAAAUAAAAAUGUAUAGUCAUUUGUAAG